AUGGACAAUCUAUUUGUUAAUAACGAUACAUCGUUCGGGAACGAUCCACCGCUAUCGCAAUGCCCCGAACCGAUCGCAGUUGUGGGAAUGGGGUGUCGAUGGCCUGGUGGCGUCCACAACGAAUCCCAACUAUGGUCUAUGCUCCGUGAAAAGCGAUCAGGCUUUUCAGAGUUCAAAAGGGACCGAAUAAAUGUAGACGGUUUCUAUCAUCCGUCACAGAAUCACCCAGGUACUUUUCACAUGCGCGGCGGCUUCUGCCUCGAGGAAGACCCCCGUCUUUUUGACAACAACCUCUUUCACAUCAACGCCAUUGAAACACGUACAAUGGAUCCUGCACAGAGAAAGCUCCUAGAAGUAACAUACGAAGCUUUCGAGAAUGCAGGGGAGCCAUGGGAGAGUUUCGCUGGGUCGAAAACAGGUGUUUUUGUCGGCAACUUCAUGUCGGACCACCAGAACAUGCAGUUUCGCGACCCGGACAACUCAAUGCCUUAUGUCACGACGGGAGGUGACAUCGCCAUUCACAGUAAUCGUAUCAAUUAUGUUUUCAAUCUGAAGGGCCCAAGUCUGACGCUCGACACGGCGUGCUCAUCUGCAAUGUACGCGCUACACAUCGCCGUGUCGGGAAUACGCAAUGGUGAUUGUGAAGCUGCCAUCGUCGCCGGUAGCAAUCUGAUCUCGGACCCGGGUCCCCAAAUGUUUAUCACAAAACUCGGAGCACUCUCGCCAACUUCUAUUAGUCAUACAUUCGACGCUGCAGCGGAUGGGUAUGCGAGAGGAGAGGGCGUUGGUGCACUGUAUAUCAUGCCGCUGAGUCGGGCGGUAGCUGGAUCGUAUCCGAUAAGAGCAGUGAUUAGGGGCACUGCUAUCAAUGCUAACGGCCAAUCCGAAGGAAUUUCAUAUCCAAGUCCUGCAGGGCAAGAGGCCGUUAUCCGGCAAGCCUAUCGCAAUGCAGGAGGGUUGGAUCCCGCACUCACGGGUUACUUCGAGGCACAUGGUACUGGAACACCAGUUGGUGAUCCAAUCGAAGUCAGCGCAAUAGGGCGAGUGUUCUCUAAAUACAGAGAGGAUAACAACCCACUGCUGAUUGGCUCAAUAAAACCCAAUCUUGGCCAUAGUGAGUCUGCCAGCGCCAUAGCCAGCAUUAUGAAGGUUGUUCUCGCGAUGGAGAAGGGAGAGAUCCCACCGACUCGGGGAAUAACCAAAUUCAAUCCGAAGAUUGACUUCAAGACUUCGAGAACGAAGGUCGUUACUGAUAUGACACCUUGGCCGCUAAUGCCGAUUCGCAGAGCGUCGGUGAAUAGCUUUGGGUAUGGCGGAGCAAAUGCACACGUUAUUCUGGAUCAUGUUGAGAAUAUACUGCCCGGAUAUAACAGGCGGGGGAGAACCUCCCCGACCUACCCAAUUGUUCCCUUGAUCGCCCAACCACACGAACCCCAAACUCUCUCCAUAUCAACUUUUUUGUCUUCGCCGCUGCGAUCUAUUCAAGGUAGUAAUCGAUCCAGCAUUUCAUUCCAUACAUCCUCUUCAAACGACAAUGAGCUUGAGACAAGCGGAUCUGAACUCUCCGAGUCAGUUUCGCUCCAUAAAGAGAAUACAUCGGCCAACAUGUCACCCAAACGUCUCGUUCUCCUCCCCUUCUCGGCAAACGAUGACAACGCUUUGAAGAAAAUCAUUCAGGCAGUUGGCCGUGAAGCAGGCGAUUACGAUAUUCGCCAUCUAGCCCACACGCUUUCACGUCGCCGAUCAAAGUUCUCGCAGCGCGCUUUCAUCAUAUCGCCCUCGGACACUGUCCCCAAUUUCCUCCAAUCAGCCACAAUUGCCUCCGUGAAGUGCCAGCGCGAUCCAGCCACCAAUAUUGGGUUUGUCUUCACGGGUCAAGGUGCGCAAUGGCCGUCAAUGAGUCGUGGUCUCCUCAACGAAUACCCUGUAUUCCAAUCGUCAAUUCGUUACCAAGAUCAAGUCCUCGCGCGGCUAUCAAAAAGACCACCUUGGUCCAUAGAAGAUAUCUUGAUAGACAAACAUUCAGCGCAUCUUAUUCACGAGCCGAUGGUUUCGCAAACUGUGUGUACUGCGGUCCAAGUCGCAUUGGUCGAAUUGCUUACCUCGUGGGGUAUUGUGCCCGCCGCCACGGUAGGCCAUUCCUCUGGUGAAAUUGCGGCAGCGUAUGCUGGAGGACGCCUUACGGUCGCCGAGGCUAUUACGCUUGCCUAUUUUAGAGGUUACACUGUUAGCAAGAAUGAACGAAAAGGAAGUAUGCUUGCUGUGGGAUUGAACUCGACGGAAGUGAAACCUUAUCUCGUUGGUCUCGAGACAGAGAUCACGAUCGCAGCUAGUAACUCGCCAAAGAGUGUUACGAUCUCGGGCGAAAUAGCGGCAAUUGAGAGUAUUGCAGUGCAGCUCACGAAUGAAGGAAUCUUUAAUAGGGUUCUUAAAACCGGGGGCAAUGCGUACCAUUCGCACCAUAUGCAAGCACUCGGCAAGAUGUACGAAAACGAUGCUCUGGAAGGGCUAGAGGAGAUCUCCGACCUGAUCGAUGCCACAAAGAGGCGAACAUGCACCCGUUGGGUUUCUUCGGUGUAUCCCGAAAGGGUCACGACCGAGAUCGAGGUGGCACCAUCAUACUGGCGAGCGAACCUUGAAUCGCCAGUGCUUUUCGACACCGCCAUCGAGCAGCUUCUCAGCCAGGACGCAGAUGAUAUAGACAUUCUGAUCGAAAUCGGUCCUCAUCCCGCCCUCGCUGGCCCAAUCAAACAAAUCUCCCAAGCAGCCAAAGCGCGUGGAUCGAGAGUCCCAAUGUACUUAGGUUCGCUGAAUCGCACCAAAGACGAUCUCGAGAGCAUUCUCAAACUUGGUGGCAAUCUCUUCACCUGCAACUGUCCAGUCAAUAUCGACGCCGUGAACGGGUUCUCAGAUCCCAUCACCAAUUCGGGUGAGCGACCUCCAGUAUGCAUCAAUCUUCCAAACUACAAGUACAAUUACGGAGCGAUCUUGUUCCAUGAGAAUAGACUGAACAAGGAAUGGCGACUCCGUAAACACCCACGCCACGAUCUACUCGGCUCGCGCCAGUUGGGAGGCACUUCUUUCUGCCCUUCCUGGAGAAACAUGUUCCGCCUCCGCGAUGUUCCCUGGCUUGGUGACCAUAGAUUGAUCCCGAAAGCCAUUUUCCCGGCAGUAGGAUUUGUGGCCAUGGCCAUAGAGGCAGCGUCCCAAAGUUACACUGAGACGGCCGAAGUGAACACCAUCGCUGGGUAUACCCUCCGCAACGUUUCCGUGAGCUCAACGCUCGAAAUUCCCGACACGGAGGUGGGGACAGAUGUAGUGACAAAUCUUCAGAAGAUAAAUACACCUAAUGGCAUUUCAGAGAACUGGUAUGAGUUUAAGAUCAGCUCGCUCAACACAGAGACAAAGUCCUGGGUCGAGCAUUGCACUGGUCUUGUCAAGAUCGAAGCGACAUCUGACCUAAACAGCGACAACUUCGCCGAGAACGAAGAAAACUGGCGAGCAGUUAAUAUCAAAGACUGGUACACUCGGUUCGCUACCCUCGGCCUUGAGUAUGGGCCUUCCUUCCAAGCUCUUUCGAAUCUCAAAGCAGCUCCCAGUCGCGCAGCCGCGAACAUCUCGCUUGCUCCGACAAGUGAAGCCAAUAUCGUCGCUGAAUCCGGCUACACAAUUCAUCCCACAAGUCUGGAUAAUUGUCUCCAGCUCGCCAACAUAGCGGCAUAUAGCGGCAACGUCGCCCUGGCGAAGCAAGCAUAUAUCCCCGUCAUGUUCAACGAUCUGACCAUUUGGAAUAGAAGUGGCGCAGAUCUCAGUGAGCCAGGGUAUGCGGUGGCAGAAGGUGAACUGCGUGGUAGUCGUGGCAUGUACUCACGCGCGCAAAUAUUCACUUCCUCAGGCGAGCUUCUGGUCGAUAUGAACUACUUCCGAGGUAUCUCGUAUGAUGGGAUUCCAUUUGUGAGUGAGGAUGCGAAAGAAAGGCCACGCGAUCCGUUCAGUAGACUUUUAUGGAAACCGGACAUCGGUACCUUGAGUAGCGAGAAAGCGAGGGAGAUGUUUCCAAAAAGAAAUGCCGUAUCUACGGAAGAGGACAAGGUACUGGCCGAGAAGAUGGAUCUUUUGUUCGCAUAUUUAGUUGCCAGUAUCUUCACACAAUACCGGGACGUGAAGUUUGACAGCGAACGAGUUCAUUUGCAGCACUUCAUGGACUGGAUCGGUCGGGAAUACGCACGAGCGGAGGAGGGGGCAAUGUCUUUCGGCCUUGAGGCGAUUGCAGCAUCUUCAGACACGCGUUCCAGUAUCAUCGACGCCUACUUCGUAGAGCUCGACAGCAUAGCCGAAAUCAAGCUGAUCCGUCGAGUAUACGAGAACAUCGCGACCAUACUCACUGGUGAAACCACGGGACUAGAACUCGCUCUCAAAGAUGACUUACUCAGCGACCUGUACAAGUUCGGACGUGGCAUUUCCCCUGCGUAUUUUCCGGUGCAGAAUAUAAUUGACUUGCUAGCACAUAAGAACCCGCGAAUGAACAUUCUGGAGGUCGGCGCUGGCACAGGUGGCGCUACUGGGCACAUCGCAAACGCACUUGAAGCCGAGAGUGCAUUCAAACGCUUCAACGAGUAUACAUUUACUGAUCUUACACCCACGUUUUUGUCAGCUGCUGAGCACAACUUCGCUAGUUGUAGAGGGAUGAAAUAUUCGGUGCUAAACAUCGAACUGGAUCCAUUAGAGCAAGGCUUCGCCGCUGGAGAGUACGAUCUCAUCAUCGCUUCACAAGUGCUGCAUGCAACCAGCAAUCUAGCGAAUACGCUCCAGAAUGUACGAACGCUAUUGAGACCUAGUGGUAAAUUGCUACUUGUCGAAUUCACCAGGACACACCCAGUAUCAACUUUUGCACUCGGCACCUUUCCAUAUUAUUGGAAUGGAAUCGAGGAUGGGCGUCCUAAUGGACCGCUUGCACAAAGCGAUCGAUGGGCCAAAGAAUUGCGAGGAAGUGGUUUCUCAGGGAUUGACAUCAUGCUCGGCGAUGAGGAUACUGGCCUGGAGUGUGCUUCGAUCAUGGUCUCAACGGCGGUUGAGCGGGAAGCCAUCAUUUCCCCGAUUGAUGUUCCCAAAUCUCGAAACACUGAAGUCUUUGUUGUUACACUUGGCGAGCCGGGUGACUUUGCCCGUCAUGUUGCUGCGCAAUUACGUAUUGCCGGCAUAGAGCGGACUCAAUUCAUCUCUGCCCUCAAAAGUGAGAACGAAGUGCCGAGGAACUCUCGCAUCAUUUCUCUGGUCGACCUAGAGAAAGUGGCUGCCCUCUUCGAAGAUGAACUGCUCUUCAACAACAUCAAGACAAUGAUCUCACACGCAUCAUCCAUCCUAUGGGUAUCCUCCGGGGACAUAAUUCAAUCAUCGAAUCCAGCUGCGGGCUUAACCACUGGCCUUCUAAAGACUGUUUCGCGAGAGAUGCCGCACCUAAGACUUGCGCAAUUCAAUCUCGGCGCAGAUUUCGAUGGCUCAAACCAGUUCGCCCACCAAGUCGCGACGCGAGAGCACAAACUCGUCACUGACCCUGCGACCAAGGCCGACGACAUCGAGAUUCUCCACGAUGGAUGCAUUCACAUCAGCCGACUGGCUCCAGAUACAGAACUUAACACUGCCUACAAGAUCCAACAAGACCUCGACACUGAGCCUCGUGUCCGACGUCUCGGCGAUCUGGGCCCCGUGAAAGUCACCACCACCCGUCCCGGUAUCUUGAGCACGUUGCAGUUCGAAGAAGACGGUGAUAUGCUAGGUCCGCUCCCUGAAGACUGGAUCGAGAUUCGCUCCGAAGCCAUCGACGUCAACGUCAAAGACAUCGCCGUCGCAACGGGCCGCUUCGAUCUCAACACUUACAGCACAGCCUGCUGCGGUACUGUGUCCAAAAUCGGCUCCAAAGUUUCCCAUCUCGAGAUCGGGGAUCGCGUUUGCGGAUUCGCGCCGGGCAACUUUGGCAAUUAUGUGCGCGUGCCGGCAGUUUAUCUGCAGAAGAUGGAGAAGGGUGAUGACCCCGCUGAGCUCGCGAGUCUGCCAAUCAGCUAUAUGACGGCGCUAUAUUCUCUGAAGCACUUGGCUCGUGUGGAAAAGCGCGAAAGUGUCCUCAUACAGUCGGCUGCCGGGGCGCUAGGUCUUGCGACUUUGAGGAUUGCUCAACAUCUCGGCGCGGAUGUGUACGUCACGGUUGGCAAUGAAGACAAGAUUACGAUGCUAGAGCGCGAGUUUGGCAUUCCGCGCGAUCGAAUCUUCUCAUCGAGAGACUUGGAAACGCCAAAGAAGAUCUGGCAGGCGACGGGGAGGACAGGUAUCGAUGUGAUUGUCUGCUCGACGACGAGUGGGCAGCAGAUGCAAGAGUUUUGGCGAUGCAUCGCACCGCUUGGGAGAUUCAUUGAGGUCGGGAGGUUGGAUGCAUUGAAUCAUGGGAAGCUGCCUAUGGAAGUGUUUAAGCGGAAUGCGACGUUUUCGUCGUUUGAUAUUGCCUUGCUGAGUAGACAGAAGCCUAAGCUUGGUGCUGCUCUGAUGACUGAAGUAGCUCAACUGUAUCGUGAGGGUGUCGUCAGGCCGAUCGAUUACAUUACGAAGUUUGACGUCUCCGAGCUCCAACAGGCGAUGAUGCACAUGUCGAAAGGUACCCAUGUUGGCAAGGUAGUCAUAACUUACGACGAUCCAGAUUCACUACUCAAAGUAGCACCCUCAUCGACCCGCGCAGCCUUUGACUCAAAUGCCACAUACAUCUUGGUUGGGUGCGUCGCAGGUGUGGGCAAGUCGAUCAACAACUGGAUGAUCGAACGCGGCGCGAGACAUAUUGUCCAUCUCACUCGUUCUGGUCCAGAAUCUGCGGAAGCCAAAGACCUGAUAGCAACUGCGUCCGAAACACCUGGCCUAGAAAUUGACGUCCUUGAAUGCGAUGCGACAAUUAAAUCCGAAGUCGAAGCUACCAUUGCGCACAUUACCACUGCCAACCGACCCAUCAAAGGCAUACUUCACGCGGCAGCUGUAUUCGAAGACGUCAGCUUCAACCAACUACAUUUCACUCAACUGCAGAAAGUUAUAAACCCCAAAGUAACCGGCACCAUCAAUCUCCACGAAGCGACACUGGAUCAACCACUCGAUUUCUUCACGAUGACGAGCUCCAUCGUCUCCGUCAUCGGCACUGCCACCCAGGCCAGCUACAGCGCCGCGAACAGUUUCCAGGACGCCUUCGCGCGCUUCCGUCUCGCACAAGGUCAGCCUGCUCAAUCUCUUGCCCUAGGAAUGAUUCUGGACGUUGGUUUUGCCAGCAGGCGCGAGGACAUCCAGCGCUCGUUGUUGCGAAAUGGUGUGUACGGUACUUCAGAGCCGGACUUUGUCCAACUUCUUGAUGCGGCAUUCACUGCUCCGCCAAAACGCUCAAGCGAUCACCUUGAUUCUAUGUCAGGCGCACACUUGCUUGCAGGUCUUGAGCCUAGCAAGAUUUACGAAGCCGAUAAGAAAGCCGUUGGAGCCGAUUUCGCAUGGUCAUCUGAUCCGCGGUUUGGGCGCGUUAUUCAGGCAAUCGAAGAUCAUCACGCUCUCCUUCAGAGUGCCAAUUUUUCGAACGGAUAUCCACACACGUCAUCGGCUGCUCCUGCGCUCAGUCAGCUGUUCUCUCUCGUGCAGAAAGUGAAGGUUCUCGCGGAAGGUUCGGUGGCGGAGCGUCUUUCAAAAUUGUUAUUUGUUUCUCUCGAUGACGUUGACGUCUCGAGAGAUAUGGCGAGCUAUGGUAUUGAUAGUAUGAUUUCGGCUGAAUUGAGGAAUUGGUUGUUCAAGACGUUUGGGUUGGAUAUUAGCUUUGUAGAAUUGGUCACAAAGGGGAUGGCAGUGAGAGGGUUAGCGGAAAGGAUGGUUGGGAAAUUGGUGGAAUCGACAUGA